AUGGCAGCGCCCUGGGACCCUUAUCCCCUCCCUUUCCGCCUUCUCCCGCCGUUCCUUGCUUCUCAGCGCGGCUCCUCAGACGGCCUCGUUUCGAGAGGGCGGGGGGCGGUCGCCCGUUGCGCGAGGACUGCCCGGAGCGGCGCGCGACCAUGUGGAGGGGACUCGUGCGCGCGCUGCCAACGGCCCCCGGAGAUCUUUCUUACACCAGAGUCCUCAUCGCUGGUCUGAAGAACUUUGUGAUUCCCCAGAAUUAUGACAAUAUCUCCAUCCCUGAGAGACCCAAACUGAAGUUCAUAGACAAAGUUCCAAGUGUACCUAAAGUAAGGCGGGAAUUCAAGAACCUACGAGACAUCCGUGGCCCAUCCACAGAGGCCACUGAUUUCACCGAGGGACAGUAUGGCAUUUUGGCAUUGGGCGGGGGUUACCUCCACUGGGGUCACUUUGAAAUGAUACGCCUAACUAUCAACCGUCACCUGGAUCCCAAGAUCAUGUUCGCAGUAUGGCGUGUCCCAGCCCCUUACAAGCCUAUCACUCGCAAGAGCCUAGGCCAUCGUAUGGGUGGGGGAAAAGGUGCCAUUGACCACUAUGUGACAGCAGUGAAAUGUGGCCGCCUCAUUUUGGAAGUGGGUGGGCAUUGUGAGUUUGGGGAGGUGGAGCACUUCCUCACACAAGUGGCCAAGAAGCUGCCAUUCCCAGCCAAGGCAGUCAGCCGCCAGUCCCUGGAGGAGAUGCGGCAGGCAGAAGAGGAGAGAAGACGCAACAACCAAAAUCCAUGGACUUUUGAACGUAUUAUCACCUCCAACAUGCUGGGAAUCCGCAAGGUGCUGAGCCCCUAUGACCUGGCACAGAGGGGGCGAUACUGGGGCAAGUUCUUUCUGCAAGACAGAGUGUAAUGACUAAGUGGGAGUAGGAGGGGGAAAAAAUCUCAGGGCCUUCCCUGACCUGUGAGAAAUGCAACUACUGUGGGACACAACCUUGAUCUUCCUUCUGCAGCACCUGUAAGGCCUCUGCUGGUUACAGCCCAUCUUGCAUGGCAAAAUCUCCACAAGGGGGCAGUGAAGUUGAAAUCUGCCCCUCAGCUUUAAACGUAGCUAAGCUAUGUGCAGUAAUGAUGGAGGUGUGAAGAGCAGGCUCCAGUAAUCAGUGAUUAUUUUGGAUUAAUAAACUUUUCCUACAGUAACACUU